CCUCCCUCCCUUCCCGUAAGGCAAUGAAGGCGCGAGUGUGUCGGAACAGUGAGGAGGAUCUGCAGGGAGCGAGGCGGAUUUGAGGUCCAGUGCUUGAUUGCAUCGCAGGGAGCGAGCUCCGGAAUCGGUGUGCGCUUCGGAGGACGAGCUGCGAGAAACGGAGGAUACCGAGUUGAAAAACCUCGAGUAAAAAACCUUCACGCGGUUUUUCAGAAAGAAUUUAGGACAGUUCGUGUGCGCGUGUUUGCGCAGGAGAUGGUUUGAGUGGUCGAUCUUUGGAGAACAGGGAAGAAGGUUGAGUUUUUGACAAGGUGGACGUGGUGGUAUUAGGCGUUCGCGGUGGUGAGCCGGAUCGAUCUCUGCGAUUUUUUAUACAGGUUGUGCUCAGGUCCCCGUGAAGACGUCGUGGGUUUAGUCACACUCUACUUGUGACUGGAGUGAGUACGAGAGGCAGAGAGGAGGACAGCAGGACUGCAGGACAGAGGACGACGCGGUUUACUUGGUGGUGAAGAAUUGAAGCGAAUUUCUUUGAGGAGGGAUUUAAAGGUCAUUUAGAAAUGUGGGACAACCGGAAGUGGACAGGGAUUCGGACCAGGAGUUUUGAUCGAUGACGAAGAAGGAAGCGAGGAAUCUUUGCCACUGUUGUAGAGUGGCUUAAGAAUUUAGCAUCGGAGUUGUUCGUUUAGUCCCUGCUGGAUUGCUUCUCAAGGUGCGGGUAUGGUCGGUAUCGGGAGGAACCCCUUAACAAUGGGGAUGGAUGUGACAGCUGACGCUGUGCAAUUGGGAGCUAUCACCGAUGAUGAAGUUCUUUCUGUUGCCCGGCAGUGGGUAGUGCGUGCCCUGUCAGCUGCUACACAGGGCGAUCAGGGUCAUUAUCUAAACCUUCUUAAGUCGCUGCGGACCGUACAGUUGGACGACUCCGGCAGUCUUUCCGCGUUGCAGUACCGGCUAAGGGCUCUUUCGCAGAGCGUCUCUUACAUCAGCGAGCACUAUCAUCAUACCCUCCUUGCUCUCGUGCUAGGUAUGAGUGUUUGGACUUACGGUCCAGAUGUCGCGGACGCCCUCUUGGAAUUCGUUGUCAAUCUGGCGACUGCCAAUGGCGGUUGUGUCAGUCAGUGUCUGGACAUGCUCGUGCGCAAUUUCUUGCCGCCUUCUUGUGGUCUUCCGGCCUUUUUGGAUACAUACAGCAGAACUGGGUUGAUGGGUGGAUGGUUAUCCAUGGAUAAGAUCCGCGCUCAACAACCUGAUCAGAUGGCCAAGAAAGAUGUUGUUCUGAACCAAUUACAUGCUGCUAUCAGACACCUUGCAGACCUGGUUCCAACUGCACCCAUGAGAUUGCAACCGAUUGUGCUGCAAAAGAUGCCUCAUAGAACUCUCCCAAAGCAGUGGAACGUUCUGUAUCUCGAGAACAUGUUACGCUUGGAGAGCAGUGGGGGCAAGUACAUAUCAAACCAGAUGUUGCCUGCCGUUGUAGACCAGCUCAUCCAGAUUGAUGUUGAAAUUAGAUGGGAGGACAUCUUAACAGAUGAUGAGACGAGCAAAGUCUACAUGUUUCACAUGGAUAUCGAAGAUGAAGCCGAUGAAAGGCUGAAUGAUGAUAGGGAGGCUGAUGAGAAUGAGAAUGGCGAUCCAGCUGGCCCUGGAAUCGAGGCAAAGCUACAGUACGGGCUUAUGACAAGGCCUUCGAAAGGUGCUGUUCCCACCUUGGACGAAAUGGCAGACAAAAUGGACCUGAUGAUGGACAUGACUUUCCAGCACCUUCAAAGUUGUGUUGGUAGAGGUCUAUCCACUCAGGUCUUUGACAUUCUUUUGAAGUCUUUUCAAUCAACAGUGCUCAAUACGUAUAAAUCGAAGUUCACUCAGUUUUUACUGUUUUAUCUGUGUGCUCUGGAACCUUCCACCUGCGGUAGCCGGUUUGCGUCGUUAUUGUGUGACAUUUUCACGUCCAAAUCCAGACCCGCUAACACAAGGAUGUCUGCUGCCGCUUAUCUCGCAAGCUAUCUAGCACGUGCAAAGUACAUUCCCGUGGACGUCAUCUGGACUUCACUAAAAAGACUCGUCAGCUGGUGUGCAGCUUAUGGAACGCACGACCUAGGUUCAAAACCGGCAGGAAACGUCCCAGAUUCAGUGUUACAUGGCGUGUUUUACUCAGGCUGCCAGGCGGUCAUGUAUAUUCUCUGUUUCAGACUGAAGAUGCUCGUAGACGAACCGGAAGGAAAACGUCAUCUCCGAGGUCUUUGUCUGCAGCAAGUAGUUGAGCAUCGCUUGAAUCCUUUGAAGGUUUGUCUGCCAUCAGUUGUGGAAGAGUUUUUGAGGCAAUCGAGUACAUUACAGUUAGUGGAUCAAAGUCAUUGGCUUGCUUCGAAAGAACGACUCGAUGGAAAUACUCGGUCUAUGAUUGUCGGAGACAUGAGACUCGACAUGUUUUUCCCCUUUGAUCCCUAUCUUCUUCGACACUCAGAUAGGUUCAUCAGACCGAAUUUUACAUACUGGUCGAUGGUGGAACCUCUCGACGAUAUCGCCGUUUCGGAUGUGGAAGAUGACGACGCGGAUUCAAUUAGUGAAGUUUCAUCGUACGGAGGAUCUCAGUUGGAUGAGGCUCAAUCUUAUGAGAACGCGGAUGUCACAGACGAUGACGCUAAAGAGAAUCAUCGCCCCGCUGUAAGUAGGCAAAUUUUUGAUAAUUCCCUCAACAGACAGACACAAGUAGGUAGUUUGGAAGCUGCUAGUCCUUUUAGCGAGGAUGGCUUAGUAGACGCAUUCAAACACUCAUUUGAUGCUAUGGCUAUCACUCCGCCACAUCCUGAGAUGAUGAUGCCUGCCAAGUUGACAGGCCGAAUUUCACUAAAUCCGGCCUUCAGGAUCUAAAUAUCCUCUUUCACCCACCUUUCAGUGGGAAUUAUGUUACAUAUAAUUUAUUACAGUGCCAUUAAGAAAGAUCAUUUUUCUCUUUUCCC